AUGGCUGACACAUUCCACUUCGACGCCGCCCGCUUCGCCGCCACGUGCCACACAUUGAGCACAGAAAAACUCCAAAACAACGAAAUCCGGUUCAGCCGCUCCAAAGUAGCCAGUGGUUUUGGCCUGUUCUACGGCACCGUCGCCACCGCGGCGACGCAUGGGGCUGCCUUUCCUAUCCCGCUGUACUGCAUCAGAGCAUGUGAACUUGCGUCUCGCAAGCGGGAGCUCGUGCGGGCGGAGCUUGCGCGCCGAGGUGUUUCGCCUACAAAGACGACUUCAGGAGAUGUUGGGCGUGGGUUUGGCGCAGCUUGGCUCGGCCAGCUUGUCUUACCAUUCGCUGAGGGGUUGGCGGCUGAUGGUGCUGGUGCUGCUGGGGAAGUCGCUGCAGGGAAGCAUGUUGGCGUGGAGGCUGUUGUCAAGGAGACGGGCAAACAGAUCCCUGGAGAAUUGGUCACGGGUGCAGUAAUCAAAGGGCAUAAGGUGGUCAGGAAGUGA